GACACCUCCCACAGCUAUCGCAGGUCCGCGGCCAAAUCACGUGGCCUCCCGGAGCUCGAACCGAAGCCACCACCAGCACGACCCACCGGCGAGGGAGAGGGCGAGAGGCGGCGCGGCCGGAGGAGUGGGGUAACGAUGGCGUUCACGAUGCGCGCGGUGAAGGUGCCCCCGAACUCGGCGUCGCUGGAGGAGGCGCGGCACCGCGUGUUCGACUUCUUCAAGCAGGCCUGCCGCUCCAUCCCCACCGUCAUGGAGAUCUACAACCUCGACGACGUCGUCACCCCCUCCCAGCUCCGCUCCACCAUCGCCAAGGAGAUCCGCAAGAACCAGAACAUCACCAACCCUAAGGUUAUUGAUAUGCUUCUGUUCAAGGGGAUGGAGGAGCUGAACAACAUAGUUGAGCACGCAAAGCAGCGCCAUCACGUGAUUGGGCAGUAUGUGAUUGGCCAAGAGGGCCUGGUGCAGGAGCUGGGUUCAAAGGACCAAGGGAGCUCCGAUUUCCUGAAGAAAUUCUACAGUAGCAAUUACUUCUGAUCAGAAUUAGAGAUUUUCGCCUUCUGUAAUAGUCGGGAGAUGCUCCAAAUAAGAUGCUGAGGACCUACCGGACCCUGUUAUUUCGCCACUGGAGGUUUUGAUUUAUUUGGCCGAAUCCUCUGCUCAAUGUGAUGUUGCUGUUAGUUGUUUCACUUUGUGGAUUGUUGUUGUACUUACGGAAUUGAUGUUUAUGAAUCGAGCCUAAGAAGAUCGAGCUUCGUGCCUUUU